GAUUUUUAUACAUGAAUUGAACAAAAAUAAAUAAGAAGGAAUUUUGAGAAUAAAAUAUUCCUAUGUGAAAUUAUUGGUCAUCUUUUCUUUUUCACAAAACGAGUAAAAAUUAUUCUUACAAAAACUAUUUUUUGGAUGUAAUAUCAUGUGUAAAUUGAAAACUAAACUAGUGGAAUAUACAUAAUUUAAAUCUAAUGCAUUAGACAGAAAAGAUUCAGUAUGGGCAACGAAACUAGUCAGGCGGUAGAGAAAGAGGAUUUUCUCGAAGAUAAUACAAGUCACAGACGUAGUCAAUCACUUCAGCGUGAUUUUACUGCCUAUCUUGGACAGAGUUCACCUGACAAAGAUGUUCCUUUAUCAUCAGUUUCACGUAAAAGUCAGUCACAUAUUUCGUUACAUGACAAGUUUGGAAAUGAUGAAUCUUCUCGGCGUAUACUUAGCCCAAAACUAAAAGCUGAUACAUCGACUACCGGGAUAGCUUUACUUAAAACUGUACAAAUGGAAUUAACUGAUGAAGAGAAGGAACGUAUACAACAAGUGUUAGCAAGAGCACGUCUAGUUGAAAGGAAAGAGGAUGAACGUAUUACAAAGCUUCAAUGUGAGCUGAAACGUACGGAACAGGAUGUUAAACGUCGUGUUUCAUUGUCAAAUCAAGAUGUAGUAAAACAAAUAUAUAACUGCACACUAUGUGAACGAACUCCACCUUCAGACGGUCAAGAUGAACAGAAUCAGUCCACUUCAGACUGGAGAGUGUGUCAUGAUUGUGAAAAUACAAUUUGUCCUAAUUGUGUUGUACAGAUUGGUAGAAAAUCAGACACGGAAAAGUUCUGGUUGUGUAAAUUAUGCCAAAAGAAACGUCAACUUGUUGCUAGUUCUGGUAGUUGGUUACAAGGCCUUACAAAAGCUGACAAUAAACAAAAGAAAACGAUGCACAAAAUAUUACAGAAAACACAAGGAAUUACACGGACAGCUUCGUAUUCUCAAUAUGAAGACCUAAUUGAUCAGGUUAGUUUGGAUGAAUCCAGUGUGAAUAGUAGCGCUCCAGAAGGACAGAAUGAUGAAGAAGAAGAUGAAAGAGAUAAGCAUCAAAAAAUAGAUGGGGAAUUGAUUGACUUACCAGCGGCGACUGUACAGAUUUACGAAUCACAAGCCAGUACAUCAUUAAAACAGAUCAAUAAUUUCAGAAGAGCUUCAGAACAAAUUAGUAUGAAAAAUGUUACAAAUGUCAGUGAUGAUGAUGGUAGAUCUGGUUUAUUUCAACCAAGAAAACUCAAUGAAUCUGUAAAUACUGGAGAAAGUAAGGUUUCGACAAGCUGGCAGUCCAAUGUACAUAGUUAUUAUGAUACGGAUCAUUCUGAACAAAUUUUAAGUCGUGAAGAUCGUCUACAUUUAUAUUUUACGAAACAAAUUAGUGAACAUUUUGAUGACAAUGAGGAUGAUGGUGUCGAUUCUAGUAAACCACAUACGUGGGAUGAUUUGAACACAAUUAAUGAAUAUGAUAAUCAAAAAGAACCACUUGAAUACAUUAGUGAAUCUUCAGUUGAUGUUCAACACUUACAAGUGGAUGAGUGUUUUGAGAGAAUUGAAGUUCUUGAUGAAGUGAAAAUCCUUACGCCUUCAGUUCUUAUUGAAGAAAAGUCCAGUGAUUAUGAAAGAUACCCUAAAAUAACUCCUUCCGAGGUUUUCCAUGGUGGUGAGAUUUCAACAUCAACACACACUGUACCAUGUGAUGAAGAUGAGGAGUUCACUUCAAAAUAUGCAACUUGUCGAAUUGAGGAGCACAAUUUAGGCUGUGGUCAAACAGAAAACAUUAAUAAAAAUGGUGAGUUUUCUCAAGAUAGGUCGACAUAUGAAUACAGUAGUACUGGAGACAAUAAAAACUAUGCUAAUUUGGAUUCGUUUCAGUUUCAUCCAUCUGUUUACAAGGACUAUGAGGAGGAGAAUAUUUUAAGUAACGAUAAACUGAUGCAGCAACGUUUUUAUUUUUCCCAAAAUUCGAAAAUUUCUCCUGUAAAUACUGAAGUAGAUGACAAUAAGUGGUCUAAUGAUAAUAAUCCUUUAUCAGUUACAAAGUCUUUCAGAACACAGCUGUCCGACGAAUGUAUACAACCUGAGAAAGGUUCAACUGAUUAUUAUGGUCUAAUUAUUACUCAGAACAAAUCUCAGGAUAUCGAAGACAAUAAUGAUUUUACCAGUAGAAAGAACAAUGAUGAUGAUGAUGAUGAUGAUGAUGAUGAUGAAUACAUUCGAACAACCGAAAUGGAUUAUGGAUUUUCUCAGUAUUUAGAAACGCUUCAAAUGAAUGAAAAGGACAGUAAUUAUACAUAUCCUCAUUUUAUCAAUCAAUCCCGUAGACAAUCAUGUCCAUCAUCUAUCGAUACUAAACUAUCAUUCCUACAGUCACCAGUAAGUUCAAGGCAGAAGAGAUAUUUAUCAUCACAGUAUAGUUAUUUAGAAGAAAAUCAAUACGAUUUCAAUUCUAUUGAUGAUAAGUCCACGUCAAACAUCUGCAAAGAUAGAGACUGUGCUCACCACGAUUUUGAAGAGCACUACAAUCCAGUCACAUCAAGUAUAAGUCAUUUUCAACAUCAUGAAGUAGUAACAAGUAAUUUGGAUUUACUUUUUCCAUAUAGUUUAGAAGAACCAUGGGAUUAUGCUGAAGAUUUACGUAAAAUCGAUGAAGAUAUUUACAGGCGUACAUCUACUCCAAGUACUACUGUUAGUUGUGGAACUAUGGAAGAAAAAGGUAGACUGAUGGAUUCAAGUAAAUCGGUAAUAACACAGAGUAUUGGAUUGAAUGAAAGCGAAUAUGUAAAUAGUGUUAUACAGUCAUCAAUUAGUGAUUAUGAAAACAUACAUUUUCCAGAUGAACAAACUCCUAGUACAUCACACUUUCAUACUACUCAAGCUUCAAUGAAUGAUGCAUAUCUAAACUGGUUAAAUGAUAUGAAGUCAAGUUACUAUUACGACCAACAAGAUACCUUCAUCAGGAGAGAUGAUUACAACAGCCUCAAUAACAACAGUAUUGGUCCCACCACUACAACUUCUAUUGCUGAACAGAAUGUCAUAUUAAAACGUUGUCCAAAUUUUGAAAAUAUAAGUUGCUUGUCUAAUGGUCCUGGUAUCCAGCUAACACAUCAUGAUAGUGAUGUGAUGCAAGGCAAGUCAAUGAUUUCAUAUGAAAUGCAUGAUGAGAAGGAGGAUAUAGAAGUAAAUAGUGAUAAGCCAACUAAAAUAUGGGGUAGAGAAUAUCGUGACAGAGCACAGACAAGUGAUUCUUCCACAUGCAUAACAAACAUAUACAAUGAUGUUCAACCAGAAUUGGAAAUUUGGUCCAAUAUUUUUAAUACCUCUGAAAUGGUUGUUGAUACAGCUAGGGAGAUCUCUACGCAACUGAAUCUUUUGAGUUCAUUAGAAGAAGGAGAAGGAAGGGGAAAUACAGAAGGUGUAAGACACAAUAUUGAUGAAAAUUUUAGAGAAACUGCAGCGAGCAAAUCUUCAGCAUCAUCAGCACCGACUGAAGUGGCAACAAUAAUAACAACGGCAACAACAACACGUCCAGAAAACAUUGAACCAAACGUUUUGUUUGAUACUGAAAAAAAAGAACUCAUGGAAUAUGGAAAGACUUUGCUAAGUUAUCCCUCCCCUUGUGAAUCAGUUGCAGUCCCAAGAACACAGCAUCUGAGGUCGUUUAACACUGAGGAGGACACCCUACAUUUGGAAUCUCUACCUUGUGUUACAGAUAAUGCAUUUUUUAAAAUGACAUGCAGGAACACCGAAUCAAUCGACGACAAUGAUAACUCUCUUCAAGAGACAGUAGGUGUGUCAAGCCAAGACAGACGAGAUGCAUUUAAUGAGCAUGCCAAAUUUCAAACAGUUGAAGAUCGAUCCAUAUACACAUUGCUGCCUAAUGACGAAGUAAUGCAGGUUAAUGAAGAAAGGGAAGAAAAAUUUCAAAAAACAGAAGACUUAUGCCAUCUAGACAAAUUUGAGUUAUGCGAACACGUGACACCUAAGCAUAUCUCUCCACUAUUGGACAAUUAUUCUGCCUAUACUAUAAACCAAGGGAAUAGUAAUAGUAUGAAUGAGAAGGAUAUUUUGAAAGAAACUCUCUAUCCGGACAAAAAUCAAAUACAUACAUGUGUAGACUCUAACCAACCCUCAUUGAUUAAAUUUUCAGAGGAAGACAGAAAUAUGAAAAUAACCAAUCAGGAAGAGGUAAGGCAAUCUAGUACACAGUUAGAUGAAAUAUCCCAUCCCACUACUGUAGGUCAUGAUUCUGAUCAAUGCUUAAAAUAUCUUAUUGAUCAAUCCAAUUAUAAAAACUCACGGUCGUCGUUUUAUGCAUUCGAUUGUUUAAAUUUACCUAGAGAUGCAUUUCAAGAAGAGUCGAAUUCAAUUUUCGAUGGACAGUACAUAACUGACAAUUGGUUGAGUCAAACACCCAAAAUUUUGAAUGAUGAGUUAAACUCAGGAACAAGUAUUCAUUUAAAGCCAGAUGAUUUAUCUGAAAAAUCUUCGGAAAAUUUAUCUUAUAUCCCGGAAAAUAAAUCUCGCGAAACCAGUACAACAAACAGUGAAAUUUUUAAUAUAAAACCAGACACCUUUCAAUUAAGUGCAAAGCAAAAGUUCACUACACCUCUGAUAAAACCAUCUUAUUGUUCUAGUGAGAAAACACUAAAACGAGCUCAAUUUAUUCUUUCUAGCUCACCUGUUUAUGAACCAGAUCCAACAGAUACCCUUCUCGCUUUAACAGACAAUACUACCACUUCUAGUAGUAAUAAUUUUAGUUUUAUAUGUGAAAAAGACCUCUCAAAAUCAUCAAUCAAAAAUUACUUCCUUUCAUUAUCUUGUCCACAGUCAUUGAGUAGUCAAUUAACAGAAGAAAAUAAUACUAAUUUUGAUGCCUUAUCGGAAUGUAGCAGUUUUUCUUUACAUGUACCUAUCGCGCAUUCAAAGCAAAACGAAACUGGAUCAAAUGAAUCACAGUUGUCAUCAUUAUCAAAUUUUGAAGAGUAUUUUGCUAACAGACACUUAUGGGAACCCUUCCAUUCUCAUUGGUAUAUACAUAUUUUAAAGCGUAUAAAACAGGAGACAUUAUUGACUUCUAUUCCUGAGCAAAUAAGUGAUAUUGAAAAUAUUCACAUGGAGUAUAUGUCUUCAUCGUCCAGUUCCCGGGGUUCCUACUUUUUGCCUCAAAGGAGAAGGCCGCAUUCAUCAACCUAUAGUUAUGAAGUAAACAAUUUAGGAGAUGAUUUACCUGCAGCAUAUGAAAGCCCAAAUUCCUCUUCUUCAGCUGCCUAUUCAGGACCAUCUUAUAGUCACAAAUCACUUCAUGAUGUUUAUCCAGAUAGAUUUAUUAGGCCAUCUGAUUAUCCUGAAUCCAGUCGAACAUAUAAUAGGAUGUCUUCCAAAAGCAGUCUUAAGCAUCAUUAUGAUAGCCGUCCUUACCGAUCGUAUUCUGAAGCAGGAGCAUUACUUCAGCAGAAAGAUAAGUCCAGUUUAGUAUCUGCAAUACGUCAUGAUCGUCGAGGUAAACUAGGAUUUGUCCAAACUUCAGGUCGUUUUAAACAUGUAAGAUCAGGUGAAGUUGAAAUGGCUUUACAACAAAGAAUUCUGAAAGAUACCAGUCGAGGAAUUAAACCACUGUCUAGCAGAAACUCAGAAAGACCACAGGAUUCUACGUACACAUCUCGUUUUAACAAAGCCUAUCAAGACAGUGAAACAAGCUUUCGACUAAGAAGACCACCCUUAAGGAGUUCCACGCCAACCUACAGGGCUGCACCAAUUUCACAAACAAGAUGGUCCAAUGAUUCUGCUUACUUGGAGGCUGGAUCUUACUAUUCCCUUCCACUUCAUGACUAUCACAGGCGAGGAACAAGGCAUUCUCGACCUUCUUCCAUAACUAAACGUCAUGCUCCAUUACAUACAGAUGUUUCAGUGCAUCGAAGAAUGUUUUCAGAUGACUGGGGUAAGGCUGACAGUGUAUCACAAAAUAUUGGGAAAUUUUCAAAAUCCACUGGUCAGUUAAGUCAGUUAGAUGAUUUAGGAAAAAUUUCAGGAUGUACCUCUAUGCAAACUUUAAGAGCUCGGCUGGCCGCAGCACAUUCAGAAUUUAACCUUGAUGAUGAAGAAAACUUGUCAGAUUCAUUUCAAUCACAAAAACUUAAAAGCGAGAGGUUCGGUUCACUUGAUCGUCAUACUGACUCACGUGACUUUACUACAAGACAGCUUAGAAGGCAAGUAGAACAACAUCAUCGUCGUCUGCUGAAAAGUUUGAUGUCUGAUGAACCACUUGAACCCAGUUGGCCAUCAAGUUUUUCAACUGUCAACAUUCAUAAUUACUUAAAUGUGAAAAAUGCAUAUACUGACAGUUCUGAUAUGAGACCAACGACUCUUAUUUCUUCCACAUUAGCACCACCAAUAUUCUCUACUGCAGCAAGUAGGCUUCCACUGAAUAUUGAACAAGGAAGAAUCGAAGGUGUUUUAUCUGAACCUUUGCAUUAUAUAACAACAAAUGAUCAACUUCCCGCUAUGCCAAAUGUCUUAACUACAUCGAAUCUGAACUCUGUUAACCCUAACCCAUUGCCUUUAAUUAACAAUAUAAGUGAAAAUGCAGAUAGUACCUCAAUGCAAGGAAACUCUACAUCAGCAUCCAUCAAUCAGCCACUGACAGUGACAAACGACUCAUUGAUGGAACUAAUUAAUAAUCCUGAACUUUUACAAGCUCUUUCUUACAAUCCGUCGCUUGUUAAUCAGAUUAAUUCAAUGUGUUUAGAUCUUGGACCUUCAGAUUUAAAUCAAGUGACACUAGCGGCUGUAGCUGGUGCGAUUGCUGCUACUGCUGUGGCUGGGUCUGGCAUGCUAGACAACAAUCAAACGGUUAACGAACAAGAUUUAAACAGUCUUCUACAAAAUUUGACCGCUGUAGAUCAAAUGAAUGCCUUCACAUCUUCAGAAAAUCCUGUUUCAAAUGGUAACAAUUAUGUAAAUAAUCCUUCAAAUUUAAAUUCAACUUAUCUAAAUAGCUUAAGUUUACCAAGUAGUACCACUAGUGGGAAUGCCAAUAUCCUUGGAAGUAAAACACCAGUUCCUUGUGAAGAUGUAACAAAUCCUGAUUCAAUCGAUGCAUUAAUAAAACAGGUACGAAAGUUACUAGAUGAACAAAACAAUAUUAACGCUAUGGAAACAUCUUUGGGACCAUCAAUGACUACAUCCACGAUUAAUAUGUCUUACGAUGAUCAUGUAACACCGUCAUACGCUUAUAAUUCAGGUCAACCAACAAUGGUCCAGGGUAGGACACAGAAUUUUAAUAAUAUUUAUCCCAAUAAUUUUCAAAAGCUUCCUGGAAAAAUACCAACUGAUCAAGUGUAUAAACAACAAUAUCCCUACAAAACUCCUAGUGAAACAAUAGACAGUUGGCUGGGAUUAAGUGAGGAUGAAUGGAAUUCUAAAAGUCGCAAAGACAAUACAAAAAUCUCUGAUUCUUGGACAGAUGCUAAAAACACAUGGCCUACGUACAGUUCACUACCCAGUACUAAAACCAGGUCAUCAGUGCCAACAACAAAGUGCACUUACGAUUUUCCUACAAAAAGACUUUUGCUUAUGCGAGAAUCCAAGGAUCGACAUCACAAAGGAGGUGGAAUCGGCAUGAGAAUUGUUGGAGGACAUAUCCGAUCAGAUGGUAAUUUAGGAGCAUUUGUUGAAGAAAUCUAUCCCUCUGGACCAGCUGAUCAGCUUCAUGGAGAGAUAAAAGAAGGUGAUGAAAUACUUGAAUGGAAUUCGAUUCCUUUAGUUGGCAAAACAUUUGAAGAAGUACAAGCGAUAAUUAGCCAAGUAUCUGAAGAAACAGAACUGCUUGUCAGAGUCAGGGAUUGUGUACAGGGUGACGACGAAGAAGGUGAAGAUGAUGGGGAGGACAUAGAAGAAGAUGAAGAAGAAGAGGAGGAUGAAGAAUACGAUGAAGAAUAUAUUGAUGAUGAUGAAGAACAACAGGAUGAUGAAGAUACACAGUCUUUGGUGCGAAAUUGUGGUUCAGGGUCGAAUAGAAAUAGUGGACAAGGCAGUCGACCACAUGCAUUAUGUCACCAUCACGCAGCACAGCAUGCUUUAAUGAAUCAGGCCAAAGGACCUAUCUGUCCCCAUAUGCAUCAACACUAUUUGUCAAUUCCAUCAGGAGAUCGUACAUCUACAAGUCAAAUUACCCAUGAAUCGCAUAAACUGCAACUGCCCAGUGUGCGUGAUUCAGCAGUAGAACAAGGUAAUGAAGUAAGAAGAUUGUCAUCUGGCAAAACUCAAAUCCCCUGGUUUGAUUCGAAUUCUCCUAUUAAGGCUGUUGGUCGACCAUCACCUUUAGCUACACAAGAUUCGAAAGGUUUGAAGAAAUCUAUUGCUGCCGAUGGCAUUGAAAUGAAUAGUAUUAAACAGUCAUCUAAAGGAGCUUAUUUAGAUGGGCCACGUGGAAGCCAUUCAUCACAUAAUGAUAAAGAAGAAGAAGACCCAAACGAAUACGGGGAGAUUGAACUUAUCCUAACCUUUGAUGAUUAUGAUCAAAGUCUGACUGUACAUGUUGCACGUGCACGUAAUCUUCCAUCAAUGGAUUUAAAUGGCUUAGCCGAUCCAUUUGUAAAAGUUCGCCUACAUCCAGAUCCAACAGAAGAUCCUGAUUUUAAUCGUCAAACAAAAUAUAUGCCAAAUACCUUAACACCAGAAUGGCAACAAACUGUAGUAUUUAUGAAUUGUAUAAAACGUACGCUGAAACGACGUGUACUUGAAGUGACUGUAUGGGAUUUCGACAGAUUGAAAACAAAUGAUUUUAUGGGACAAACAAUUAUUAAUCUCGGUGAUAAAGAAUACCUUGACGGUAAACCUCACUGGUUCACUCUGCAUAAAUUAAUGCCAGUUGUCAUACCGACUUCUAAAAAGUCAGUCUCUUCAUCAAAAACAUCAUCUGAUAGUUCAAGGCAAGCUAAGAUUAAAUUCAAUCACAAAGAAUGAAUGCGUACAGUUCAAAAUAUACUUUCAAACACAAAAAGUGCAUAUAUACUUUCCACUGAUUUUGCAUAUUUCUUUAUAACUUUAAUUAGUAAACAAAUUAUCUGCUUAUUAUCCGAAAAAAACCUGACAACUACUUCUAAAAACCAGAUUAUACCUUACAAAAGUAUAUAUAUAUAUAUAUAUAUAUAUAUAUGCACAUAUAUAU